AUGCAAUUUAUUAAUGCCGGUCAUCUUUCUAACAAUUUUAAUUUACAAAAUCCAAUGACUACCAACAAUUAUACUGAAAGAAUGAAUCGUUCAAUUGAAUCACAUUUAACUGAGAAGCAAACGGUUGUUACAUUUAUUAAACAACUUUAUGAAAUAAAGUUGUUAUAUGAAAAUCUUCAUUCCGAAGAAACAAAUAAAAAUCAAUAUGAAUCUAUUAAAAUAACACCUUCUAUAAAUCGACGUUUGAAUCAUGAAAGGCUUUAUUUUCUUAUAGGUUUAGUCAAAUCAUCUGGCCAUCCAAAUUACUAUUACAUUAAAAAGCCAAAUGAAUCAAAUACAAUAGUCAAUUCUUUUGAGGAUGAUGAAUUUAUUGAAUUGAAGGAUUAUCUUGAUUAUUUUCAGCUGAUGAUCAAACAAUUAGCUAAAAACUGUGUAGUCAAACUUCGAGAUAGUUUUUAUGUUGUCAAUAUGUUAGAGAAUGGUCCGUUUUAUGAUGAUUGUAAACAUUGUCAUGCUGCACAAAUCUUUUUACAAGAGAAUCAUCCUAAUAUUAUACAAGAGACCAAAGAAAAAUUAGUAAAUUAUUUUAAAAAUAAAGAAAGAAUUAUUCCAGCGGAUCAAAAAAAUAAUUUGAUUUAUUAUAGUUCUACGGAAGAUGCAUAUCAAGAAAUUAUUCGUUUAUUUAAUUCUGAAG